GCAGCACAUUGAACGCACCACAGGCUGGUUGAAAUAUGGAGAAACGACGCACUGGUACUUUCGCUUCCUAACACCGAAGGCUGCUGGGGAAAGUUGCUGUUUUCCUUCGAGUAGGCAGUACAUGUACUUAACCGAAAAUACCCGAAUGGGAACUUGUGACAUUUGACCAUAUUUACUUUCUUUUAAUCCUCGGUUUUUGCUUAAAGUGCAGUCUUUACAGCGCUCUGUUGUCGACAACACAAUGAGGUGACUGGUCAGCAGUAAAUAUGGGUCAGACAGAAGAAGCCAAGGCAUCCUGCCUUGACAUCCUUAACUACCACAGAGAGCUGCUGGUGUCCAGGCUGAGGAGCAUUCAGUGCAUUGUGGAUAACCUGCUGGCUUGUGGCUACCUCUGUGAAGAAGAAGUUGAGAUUGUACAGCAAACUGUCACCAAGGCAGAUCAGGUGCGCAAAAUCUUGGAGCUAGUCCAAUGCAAAGGGGAGGAGGCCUGUGAGUACUUGAUUUACAUCAUAUAUAAAGUAUGUGAUGCAUACAUAGACCUCCAACCAUGGCUGAAAGAGAUCAACUACAACCCAAGCAAUGCCAUAUCAGUGAUGAAGGUGAUUAACACAGAUCCCAUCAGCAGGUAUAGUGGGACGUUGAGGCAUGAAAUGAGCCGGGACACCUGCUUCAUCAUGUUGUACGGCCAACAAGAGGAGACCCGUCUGGAGGACCUCUACACUGACACGCAGAUGGAACUGCUGAAUGACUGCAAUGAAAGUCUGGGCUUUGUGGAGAGUCUGGACCAACUUCUAGGAGACCACGCAGUCUUCAAUCCUCAAGGGGAAAUUGUCUAUGUAAUGGGCGAUGCUGGUGUGGGAAAAUCCAUCCUCCUGCAGAAGCUCCAGAACCUUUGGUCCAAGAAGGAACUGCAAACAGAUGCCAUCUUCUUCUUUAAGUUCCGUUGUAGGAUGUUCAGUGUUUUCAAGGACACAGAGGAGAUCUCGCUCAGAGACCUUUUGUUCAAAUACAACUGUUACCCAGACUGUGAUCCAGAUAAUGAAGUGUUUAAUUACAUCCUGCACUUCCCUGAGAAGGUUAUUUUCACAUUUGAUGGCUAUGAUGAGAUUCAGGAAGAUCUAGACCUGAUGAAUGUCCCUGAAAUGGUGUCACCAGAAGACAGCGCACACCCCCUCCAGCUGCUCGACAGCUUGCUCUGUGGGAAACUACUCAAGGGCUCUCAGAAGGUGCUGACAGCACGGACAGGGACUGAGAUCCAGAGCAGGGUGAUCAGAAAAAAGGUGGUUCUGCGGGGGUUCUCCCCAACUCACCUGAAGACUUACAUCAAUCUGCACUUUAAGGAGCAGGAGCAUCGAGAGCUGGUGUCAGUUCAGCUGGAUGCUAGCCCCCACCUCUGCGGCUUGUGCUCCACCCCACUGUUUUGCUGGAUUGUUUUCAAGAGCUUUAGGCACCUGCACACCAUGCAUGAUAGUUUUCACCUGCCCGACACCUGCAUCACGCUCACUGACAUCUUCCUCCUGCUAUCUGAGGUGUUCCUUAGCCGCUCAGCCUCACCCGCUCCAUCUCUGCUGAAGAAAAGCACUCGCUGUGCUUCAGAAACAUUCAGAGUAGGCCUUAGGCCCCUUGCUGCAUUUGCCAAGCUGGCACUUCAGGGUUUGGAGAGAGGUAGCUUCAUAUGCAACCAAGAGGAUAUCAUUGCGUGUGGUCUGACAGAGGAGGACCUGCUGCUGGGCUUUCUUAGGCCUGUCAGUGAGUAUGAUGACAGAGGAAGCCCUGCUAACUUUGAAUUCCUCCACAUCACUCUUCAGUCUUUCUUAGCAGCAUUUGCUCUUGUAUUGGAUGAGCAGGCUGCUACAAACUGUAUUCUCAAGUUCUUCACAGAGUGCAGCAGGAGAAGGGAACCAUCCUGCCUGCCUUUUGACCUCUGUAUCAGUGGCUCUUCAAAGCCCAGCGAAAAAAAUCCUUUUGCAACUAACGAGCACCUCCAGUUCACUAAUCUGUUCUUGUGUGGACUACUAUCCAAGGCUCACACCGGCCUGAUGGUGUAUCUGGUAUCUCCUGUGUUACUCAAGAAAAAACGCACCUUGCUAAAAUCUUACCUAUCAACUAGUGUAAAGUCCCACCUUCGUGGCUUGCCCCACUACAACAUUGAAGAAGGCAAAAAAGUCCAUGUUCUGCCCAACUUCCUGUGGAUGCUAAGGUGCGUUUUUGAGACCGGGAGUAAAGACAUUGCUCAGAUGACAGCGAAAGGCAUUACAGCCAGCCUCAUCAAGCUGGGCUACUGUAACGUGUACUCAGGUGACUGCACUGCCCUGAACUUUGUACUGCAGCAUCGUCAGAAACUCCUGGGCCUCGACAUGGAUAACAACAACAUCAGUGACUAUGGGGUGAAACAGCUGAAGCCUUCAUUCUGUAAAAUGACAGUAGUGAGAUUGUGUGUCAAUCACUUGUCAGACAGCAGCAUUGAGGUUUUGGCAGAGGAGCUGUGUAAGCACAAAGUUGUGGAGGUUUUGGGGCUUUACAGCAAUCACAUCACAGAUGUUGGAGCCAAGCUAGUUGCUCAGAUAAUUGAGGAAUGCCCAAAGCUGCGAGUUGUCAAGAUUGGUAAAAACAAGAUCACUAGUGUUGGUGGGAGGUAUUUGGCCAGUGCAAUCCAAAAGAGCACUUCUAUAUUUGAUGUGGGAAUGUGGGGGAACAGCAUUGGUGAUGAAGGUGCACAAGCAUUCGCAGAGGCUUUGAGGCAUCACCCACGCCUUACCAACCUUAGUCUCUCAGCCAAUGGUAUCACAUCAAAAGGUGGGAAGUGCCUUGCAGAAGCACUGAAGGAGAACAGCGUGCUCAGGAUCUUCUGGUUGGUGCAGAAUGAGUUGGCUGAUGAUGCAGCUCCGCACUUGGCAGAGUUGGUUAAGGCGAACACAGGUUUAUCCCACCUCUGGUUAAUCAGCAACCGUUUCACCGUGCGUGGGAUCGAACACCUUGCUGAGGCCCUUACAAACAACACAGCCCUCAAAGAGAUAUGCAUAAAAGGAAACCAGCUCUCUGAAGAGGAAGAGAAACAGUAUGUGGCAGAGAAAAGGCUGCGCUUCCACUGACUGGGCGCUCAUGUGAGAUGAGCACAAGUUAAGUAAUGCUGGAGUUCACUGUACACAAGCACAGCAUUAGUAUGAGUGAACUGAUUAGGUAUGGUGUUGCACCUGGCUGUGCCUGUUUGGACUGGUGCAGGAACAAAGACCUGUUUUUACUGAAAUACUGUAUAUCCAUCACUUGUUGGUGACAUUUCUUUUGCCAAAAUGUUUGAGAGUUUUACUAUACAUGACUGUUACAAAAAGGAAGUGGAAGCACUUCUUUCUUUGUGCAUUGUUGAUUUUAGACAUGUUCUGUGUAUGUAUAUACUGUAAACAGUAGCUGUUUUUAUUUAUUAUUUCACUGUUACACAAGGAGAGUUGCUGGUGUUUUUCAGUCUGAAGACAAUUCAUAAAACAGUGUUAUGUUUACUGUUUGGGUGACAGAUCUUAGUGAGGAGACAUACAGAUAUGUCUGGUGGUGAAAAGGCCGGUGGCCUCUGGUAACUGAGGACAUUAUAGGAAUAAAAUGUGAAGCUUGGCUCAGCAGGGACGCCGGCCCUAUUCCAUUCUUCUGAUGUGCCUGAUGGAGUCGGUGUGGACAGACUACUUGCUCCUGAGUGAAAUAAAGUUAGCGUUUGUAUUAAACGUAAACUUCAUGGUAGGCUCAUCACUGACGUCCAUGUAUAACAAAUUAUUAUUAAAAAAUAAAUAGAACAUGACACUGUUCACGCUGAUUCAACAGCUGCUUUUUUACUUAAAAAUUCUAAUUCAAACACAAAAUAACAUGGCAUUAAAAUGUGAUAAAGAAUGAUUGGCAUCAAAAUGGCUAACUCUUAAUUGUAUUUUGUAGCUUUACAUAAAAGCAAUGUUUGAACAUAUCAAUUUUUGUCUAACAUAUUGAACGACACAUUCUCUGUUACGCUUCAUAUGUAAUGCUUGUUGGGGCUCAGAACUGGCAAGAAGUAAAUUAUGAAAAUGCUAAAAAGUGCCUGGUUGUAUAGUAGCUCAUAUAAGGCUUGUGUCUUCAGUGCCUCAAUCUGUACACAGUACUGCUCAGUAUAUUUCAAAGACUGGAUAUAAACCCUUCCCAAUCACUACCAAAGCUGAGCCAUUGUAUUUCUUUGAACACACUGUGAUGUGACUAACACCAGUAGCACUGUUAACAGGGGAUUUCUUACUACAUGUGCAAAGAAGGGAAAACCCUGAGUGGUUGUGGAAAUACCACACAGAACUGGCUCAACCACAAUGUAGAAGAGAAGUUCACCCCGCUUUGAGAGACCGGUACCAGAGCCAGUGCUUUCAUAGGAUGCUCAGCGUCAUAUCUUUACAAUGCCGUUUUACUGAGGAUGAAGUCACUGAUGAGGGGGAUAUUGCACAAAACCAAGAUAAGGGAUUAAGCCAGGAUUUCCCAGUUAUCUUGGCUGAAUUUAGCCCUGACUCAGUUGUAUGAAAGCAGGCUAACUUAAGAUAAAUUAUGUUACCAUGGAGAUUUAUUCUUUGCAGCUAGCCUGCUCCAGACAGCCAGGCUUGAUUAAUUGAUUAAUGAAUUACUUCAGUUUAUUUUGCAUUAAUAACAUAGGCUGUAUUAAAUAGAACACUGAAAUUAAAUAAUAGCUAAUUAUUACUAAUAAUAUCAAAGAGAUCGGCCAC